AUGAGGAGCCCCAAGAAAGCUGAUUGCUGUUGGACAUGUAAAAUAAGGCAUGUCAAAUGUGACGCAACACCGGCGGCCUGUGCGCAGUGCACAAGUCGACAGAUUAACUGCCAUGGAUAUGGCCCAAAACCAUUAUGGAUGGAUGGAGGUGAAGAGGAGGAGCGAGAAAGGCAGCUCAUCAAGCGCGCCGUCAAGAAAAAUUUCAAACAGAAAAAGAAACUCCAGCAUCGUCUAGUCAAGAAACAGAAUCAUCCACAGCCUCGAAGUCGAAGCCUAAUUCCGCUAAGGCGCUUGCUGGAUGUACAGAUUGCCACUCCUCAAGAUAACGCAGCAUUGCCAAUGCUGACCCCACAAUCGGUGCAAAGUCGCGCUCCCUCCGACCGCUCAUUUCCAAAACCCUUACAAUAUGACGAAGCAAAUCUUUUGAUGCAUUAUUUGGACUAUGUAUUCCCCUACCAGUACCCAUUCUCUGAAAAGGGAAAAUGGUCUCGUGGCUGGCUUCUUUGGCUCUUGAGCAAAAAUGGACCGCUUUAUCGAGCAUCUAUGGGCCUUGCAGCGCUACAUCAGCGAUCACUCCAAGGCGGAAUCGAGAGCCACCAUCUUGAACUUGAGUUUCAUACCAAGGCCCUGAGGCAGCUUCAGGAUUUUAUUGUUUCCUUCAACAUAAAUGAGCUUCGGCUUGAGAACGAGAAUCUCGUCGAGGUGAUAACAUGUGGCGUGGCUCUAAUUAGCUUUGAGCAUCAACUUCCACAGUCACCAGAUCAACUCUCAUUGCCACUGUGCGAAAACAACACGGCGGCAGCCUUAGCAUUCCACAUCCCAGUAUUAUUGUGGAUGGACAUAUUGGCCUGCGUAGCAACACAGCAAAAGCCAAAGCUGCCUUAUGAAGAAUGGCUAGGUCCAAGUUGCAACUUUGAGCUUUCACGUAUCAUGGGGUGCCAUAACUCGGUAAUGAAAGCCAUUGGCAACUUGGGAGCACUGCACGAGUGCAAGGUCGAGGCCUUCGACGUAAAUCACCUUGAAAAUGAGCAAUUCUGGAGGAGAAUACAGCGCAUUGAAGAUGAACUCGAAGAUUGCAUGGAAGAAAUCCCCAUAACUUCAUCAGAGUUACUAUCCCGAUCUAAUGAAGGGUGUGUCACUCGCAUAUUUGCCGCUGCAGCGUUGGUGCAACUUCAGGUUCUCAACGCUCAGAUUUCACCGAGUCCCUCGCCAACUAAAAUAAGGAGAGCAGUAAGCCGGACGAUAUCGGAGAUCCAGGUGACCCGGGGCACAAUUUCUCCUCGCCAAAUGAGCUGGCCUAUCUGCGUCGUCGGCUGUGUGGCUGACGCAGAUCAAAGGUUCUUUUUUGAGAAUCUGCUGGAGAAUGUACUCUCUGAAGGGAGUAGCAUCUUUGGAAAUUGUGGAACGGUACUGGACAUCAUGCGAAAUUGCUGGAAGUUCCAGGUUGAGCAGCCGGAUUUUCAAUGGGACUGUAGCUGUGCAAUGAAGAAGAUGGGUAUAAGCGCUUUACUCAUAUAA